AUGUCUUUCUCUGCUGGGAAGUCGGUCGAUUGGCCGAAUUCGACCACGGAGAACGAGGACGAAAAGUUUACCAACGAACUGAGACGUGAAAAGUCCAGCGCCGAAGAUGUCGAGGCCUCUGUCCCGGUACCGGGUCACACGAUAUCGAGCCAGCUAGAAUCCCAAGAAGUGUACCAGUUGAGGGAUGUCACCACCGCCAAUGGCCAAGUCGAGACAUACAAGAUUGUGGUUUUUUCUCCAAACGACAAGGCGAACCCAAAGAACUGGUCAAAGGCACGUAGAUGGCUCAUCACCAUGACCUUGAGCUUGGUGUGCUUCUCGGUAGCAUUCUCUUCAGCCGUUGUCACCCCCGGGAUCGCAGGCGUGGCCGAAUCUUUCCAUGUCUCGUCAGAGGUUGCCCUACUUUCUGUCACGCUCUUCGUCAUUGGCUUCGGAAUCGGACCUCUGGUCUUCAGCCCACUUUCCGAACUUUAUGGACGGUGGAUCAUCUAUGUGGCGACAUUUGGCUUUGCCGUCAUCUUCAUUAUACCAUGUGCCGUGGCCAAGAACAUCGAGACAUUGCUAUUAUGCCGUGCGAUUGGCGGCAUUGCAAUCAGCGUGCCCGUGGCCAAUAUUGGUGGCAGUCUUGCAGACAUGUGGAAGCCUGAAGAGCGUGGCAUCCCGAUGGCAUCAUUUAGUGCUGCUCCCUUUCUGGGACCCAUCAUGGGUCCCAUGAUCGGCGGCUUCGUUUACGAGAACAUUGGCUGGCGCUGGCUGUACUGGCUCCAGCUCAUCCUCUGCGGCACAUUUUUUGUCGCCAUCUUGCUCUUCGUCCCCGAAACGUAUGCGCCUGUCAUUCUCGAGACGCGGGCGAAGAAGCUACGGAAGCAAACCGGGGACCACAGCUACAAGGGAGAGCAUGAGCUUCUUCGCAGAUCAUUCAAAAAUAUCGCCCGGGUUCAUCUUGCCCGGCCUCUGCUAUUGCUGUUCACCGAACCGAUCGUCACCCUGUUCGCUAUCUAUGCAGCUAUUCUCUACGGAAUCCUAUACAUAUAUCCUAUUGUCUUUGAGGAGGGAAAAGGGUACUCAGCCGGGAUUUCAGGCCUGAUGUUCCUCCCCAUUACUGGUGGCAUCAUCUUAGGCCUUCUCGGAGCCCCUAUGGUGAAUCGUCAAUACAUCCGCAAGCGGUCAAAAUACACAGGACUUCCUCCACCAGAGCUGAGACUGCUCCCCAUGAUUUGGGUUGGGCCUUGUCUUGCUGGCUUUCCCAUUGGUGUCGGGUUCGUUUUCCUGUACAACAGCUUUAACAAUUACAUCGUCGAUGCCUACCAGCACACUGCAGCUUCUGCCUUGGCUGCAAAAACCCUCCUUCGGUCCAUCUGGGGCGGUUCCACCGUUUUGUUCACUACUCAGAUGUACCAUAACCUCAACCCCCGAUGGGCAUCAAGUUUGCUGGCAUUCCUUGCUCUUGCUUGCUGUGCCAUUCCCUUCACUUUCUACCAGUUUGGGGCCGCCAUCCGCAAGCAUUCCAAGUAUGCCUAUUCGGAGUAG